GUUAAACCUAUUUACUCGCGACGAAGUUGCAGUUGAGUUGGGAAGCAGAAGGUAGACGAGAGAAUUAUUCACAUUAGCAGUGAAUACGAUAAAUAACCGAAGAUGAAGUAGAGAAUUUUGAUACAACAAUAUCGUCUCUGCCACAAGGCAGUGACAGUAAACAAAAAGGAGUUGAUAUGGAAUGCUGAGCGAUUAAAAAGAUGGAUGUAACAGAAGAAAAUAAGUCCAGUCGUAGUCCACUGGGUAUAGAUGGCACUCCAAUGUUCUUUGUGGGGGAGGACAUUCUCAUUAAAGGAAAGGGAGAUAACUCCUUGUUUGAGGAACUGCCGGAGGGAAAACGGAUCAUUCUGGGAGUCUGUGCCAUGCAGAAGAAGUCCAACUCCAAACCAAUGCACGAGAUCCUGGAUCGGCUGGAGAAAUUCAUGCAGAUCCAGACCAUGAUUUUUGACGAGGAUGUGAUCCUAAACAAGUCGAUUGAAGAGUGGCCAGUGGUGGACGUCCUGAUAAGCUUCUUCUCGGCAGGAUUCCCGCUGGACAAGGCUAUUCAGUACACACAGCUCAGACAACCUUUUGUCAUCAAUGACUUAGAAUCUCAGUACACUCUUCUAGACAGGAGAGAGGUGUACAAGACUCUGUUUGAAAAUGAAAUUCUUCACCCUCGAUACACAGUGUUGAAUAGGAAAGCAGAUGAUACAACAGACUCUCAGAUAGUGAUGUCGGACGACAGUAUAGAGGUGGAUGGGGAGACGUUUCACAAACCGUUUGUAGAGAAGCCAGUUUCAGCAGAGGACCACAAUAUCAUCAUUUAUUUUCCCCAGUCUGCCGGGGGAGGCAGCCAAAAACUGUUUAGGAAGAUCGGGUCCAGAAGCAGUGUGUACUCCCAUGUCAGCAGGGUCAGAAAAACGGGAUCUUAUGUGUACGAGGACUUCAUGCCGACCGAUGGAACGGACGUGAAGGUGUACACGGUGGGCCCAGACUAUGCUCACGCCGAGGCUCGCAAGUCCCCGGCCCUGGACGGUAAGGUGGAGAGAGACGGGAACGGUAAAGAGGUCCGCUACCCGGUUUUACUGAGCGCCAAGGAAAAGGUGUUGGCGCGUAGAGUCUCGCUGGCAUUCAAGCAAGCUGUGUGUGGGUUUGAUUUGUUGCGAGCGAAUGGGAAAUCCUACGUUUGUGAUGUCAAUGGAUUCAGUUUUGUUAAAAAUUCUACAAAGUAUUAUGAUGACUGUGCCAAAAUUCUUGGGACCAUGAUCAUGCGAGCUCUUGCUCCCCAGCUUCACAUUCCCUGGGUCCUGGGAUCCGCUCCCGAAGACAUCCCUGUCGUUCCUACAACAUCAGGAUCCAUGAUGGAGUUGCGAUCUGUUGUUGCUGUGAUUCGCCAUGGUGACAGAACGCCCAAACAGAAAAUGAAAAUGGAGGUCAAACACAGAAAAUUCUUUGAGCUCUUUGAGAAGUAUGAUGGAUAUAGAAGAGGACAUUUAAAACUGAAGAAACCUAAACAGCUACAGGAAGUGCUGGACAUUGCCCGGUUCCUACUGUCAGAGAACGAAGUGUCGUCUGACCCGGAGGUCUGCGAGAAAAAAGCCAAACUCCAACAGCUGAAACUGGUGCUAGAAAUGUACGGUCACUUCUCGGGGAUAAAUCGCAAAGUUCAGCUGAAAUACCAACCCUUCGGACAUCGUAAAUCUAAGCGGUCUUCUAGUGAAGAUGAUGAUGUGCCACAUCCUCCUUCCCUGCUUCUGAUCGUAAAAUGGGGAGGGGAGUUAACUCCUGCUGGUAAAGUUCAGGCGGGGGAGUUAGGGAAAGCCUUCAGGACCCUCUAUCCAGGAGGUCAAGGGCAGUUUGAGACACCUGGACUUGGAUUUCUAAGGCUACAUAGCACUUUCCGACAUGACUUGAAAAUCUACGCCUCAGAUGAAGGCAGGGUUCAGAUGACUGCUGCAGCUUUUACAAAGGGUCUUCUAGCUCUGGAAGGGGAGUUACCUCCCAUACUGGUUCAGAUGGUGAAAAGUGCCAACACCAAUGGUCUACUGGACAAACAGGGGGAGACGUCUAAAUACCAACAAGUUGUGAAAGAAAAAUUGACACAAAUGUUGAAUGAAGAUCGGGAUUUUACAGCGGAGGAUUACGAGAAGUUGGCGCCGACAAGCAGUGAAUCUCUCAUUAAAGCUCUGGACUUCAUUAAGAACCCUGGGAAACUGUGUGAACAUGUGUAUGCCUUGGUUAAGGAGCUGACAGCGAAAAUAAGAUCGCUAAAACUUGAGCACAGAACUAGAGAUUUGAAACUCUAUCAUGGUGAAUCUUGGGAGCUGUUGAUCCGCCGCUGGGCCAAGCUAGAAAAGGACUUCAAGAUGAAGGAUGGGAGAUUUGAUGUCAGUAAGAUUCCUGACAUCUACGACUGUAUCAAGUACGACCUUCAGCACAAUCAAAAGACCAUUCAGUAUGAUGGGGCCAAGGAGCUGUUCGAGUGUUCCAAAGCACUGGCAGACAUUGUUAUACCUCAGGAGUAUGGCAUCACAAUUGAUGAGAAGCUCCACAUCUCUCAGAAUGUGUGCACGCCUCUGAUGAAGAAGAUCUGUAGUGACCUGGAGCAGUGUGUUAGUCCCGACGAGGAGGAUGAAAGCACCCGACUGAACUCGCUGUCAGUAUACCUCAAACUUAUUUGUCAUGUCAUUCAUUAUUGUUCAACAGCUCUAUAUAUUUAUAUACUGUGGUUUCAUUAUUUUGUUGAGCACCAAUUUUGGUUGUACCAGACCAGGAAAUCAAAUGAAUUUUACUGCAAUCAGUAUUCACCGGGCGUCGCCUCACCACAAAGAUUUGUCAGAACCCGCCUCUACUUCACCAGCGAAAGCCACAUCCACUCCUUGUUAAACAUGCUCAGAUACGGUGGUUUGAAAGAUGAAAAUGCUGAUGAGCAGUGGGAGAAAGCUUUGGAUUUUAUCAACAACACACCAGAACUGAAUUACAUGACACAAAUUAUCAUCAUGAUGUUUGAGGAUCCUAGCAAGGAUAGCUCGUCGGAUGAGCGUUUCCAUAUUGAGCUACAUUUUAGUCCCGGGGCAUACAGUUAUGGCGAGAAGGGAUUCUAUUACCCCCUGAUUCAGUCCAGAUCGAUGUCAUACAAAGAUCCCAGCCAUUCACUGGGGACGUUUGAUGAUUCAAGAGAACUGGAGGAGAGGAAGAUGUACAAACAUGGGCAUUAUGAGUGGUCAAAAUCUCCCAAAGAGUUACAUGUACACGACAGGCCGGUGUCUGCUCCAAUGAUAAUCCAGGAACAGGAAGAGCUGGAGGAGGCAGAUAUCUUCGAGCAUGCUCACACCAACGUCCAUAAUAGCGACGAAGUGUACAGCAUUACUCGCUCAGAUCAGGGGGACCAAAAGACUGAACCGGUCAAGGAAUCAAAGUUCAGGACUGAACCGGUCAAUGAGUCAAAGUUCAGGACUGAAUUGGUGAAAGAAUCAAAGUUCAAGACUGAACCAGUGACAGAUUUAAAGGUCAAAAAUGAACCAGUGAAGGAGUCAAAGUUCACGACGGUAAAAGUCCCAGAGCCAAAGUCGCCCAACCCUGACAUUCCGGAGUGGGACUGGGGCAGUGACCCAGAACAUGAGGAGGAAAAGACUCUUAAGGAUAGGCCAGCAAGCCUGCCCAAUGUGUCUGUGUCGGAACCGAUAACAAUACAGUCACCUAACUCCAAUGGACACUCAGAUCUGGAGUCAUUAGAGCCCGUCCGGUCACAGAGUCUGGAAAAGAGGAGCAGAAGUCUGGAGGACAAAUCGGCCGAACUGAAAGUAGACAAGCAUGCACUCUACGACAGACACUAUCUGACCGUCCACCUUCCUCUGGCCAGCGACAAGAGAAGAAACUCCUGUACGAGUUUGUUUUACCUGAAUCCAGAGGCGUUAAAAGAGAACUACAUCAUACAGAGUGAGAUGCACAGGGCUCGGUCAGCCUCUGUUCUGGGGCCUAGUAAUGCUGCAUUUGAAGGGUUUAAUAUGGUGCCCAGCCUUCAUCCCUUAGAGACUCUCCACAACAAACUGACAAUGAGGGAACUCGACGACUUCCUGAAACGAGCGACAACUAGCAAGUUUGUGACACCCAUUUCUUCACCUCACAGUCGCACGCCACUCGCAUCACCCCAUGUGCCCGUCACAAGAGCACUGCGAGGAAACCAGUCCUCCAGCAAUUCCUCUACUGGCCCUAGCUCCCCUGUGUCAGGAAUGGGAAAUCUGGUCCUUAGUAGGCUACAGGAAGCAGCGGCGUACAUCUUCCAGCGACAAGACAACAGUCAAGAAGAUCAGACGACGUAGCGGAAGUGUCUCUGGGACCAGGGGGAUCCCAGUCCUGACAGGGGUAGUGUCCAAAUAAGGAAUCUCGAUAGGAGCGAAUACAUCAAAAUGCAGGAGGUCAUGUGAAAAAUCUUGCCGUCUUAUCAUCGACUCAUGUGUAUGGACUUGAUUGAUGUGAUCUUCGACAGAAUAUUUCUCUCGUGAGACUGUUAUCGUCUGUAACCGACAGCGAUAUCAAGAGAUUACUAUCAAGAAGUCACGCGAAAUUGUUUAUCGUCUGUAACCGACAAUGAUGUCAAAAGAGAUAACUAGUAUGAAUUUGAAUUGAUACAAGUUUAUCAAUAGUUUUUAUUGAAAGUAUAGAAAUCCAUAUAAAAUACGUUCAUGACAGUUUGGUUGUUUUAAGGUAUGUGUAAUGAUUAUGUUACAAUUCACGGCCCUGUGCACCUGAUGCACGCUCGCCGUGUAAUUGUACAUUACUAAAUAAACUUCAGUUUGUUGUGAAGAAAUUCAUCACUUUACAGUAUUCACUUGGAUAGUUUUUUAUUGCUGUGUUCAGUGUCCGUCACUAGUAUUCGGUAAACCAUUAUGACUAACGGUGAUUUGUGUUGUUUUACAUUGUAAAUUGUUAUUUCAACAUUCAGUAUUAUAUAGAUCAGAAAGAUUGAUGGAAGGAAGAGUAAAAAUAAAACUUCAAAAAUGCUCAA